AUGCUUUUGAUUAAUCUCGCUAUUUCCGCCAUCAACUCGCUUAUUGUUGCUGCUGGAAGUCAUCGCUUCAUGUUCGCGAAAGACAACAAAUACUGCUUGGAAAGCAAAAGUGGUGCAGAAAAUGGCCCAGGAUAUUCUAGCUUCUACACCGAACUCUCGCCAGUCACAGCAAUUGUAGGAGGACACCCCCGGAACAACAUGGAACAGACUGGUAUUGUUAGCGCUCAUGCUGACACCUCAAUUCGAGACCUCUUUCAGACCCGCAAAAUCGAGGAUGUAUCAGGAAUGAAGUGA